AUGCAGGUGGUAGUUGAAGCCACGGGAUUGGGUGUUUUUAUAAUGGCUACACAUACUAGUCAUGCCUCCCAUGGUCAAGAUAAUACAUUUCUGGAAAACCACUGCAUGAGGAGAAACAAUGCCAGAGACCCAAAGAAGCACUUGGACCAGAAGGAUAUCCAUGGACUUGGCCAAAAUCCAGACAGUGGGCUACUGGUUACACAUGUUAACCAGACACAGGACUUACUGAGGCUGCAGGGAGAGAAGACGCAGCCUUCAGCUUGGGAGGACCCGGAAGACUGGCUUUCCACGCACAGUUUACAGUUUGAGAGGCUCACCUUGGCUGACCUGAUUAGCCAGGGCACCACAGCGCUGGAAGAGGGCAGCAAUGUGAUGAGGAAAGUGCACUUCUCCACCCAGGUCAUCCACCAAUUUGAAUCAAAGCUUUCUGGAGCUAUUGAACUUUAUCAACAGAGAAUCCAGUGGCUCACAGAAAACAGCCGGAAGGCAUUUGGCCUCAUCAAGGGAGCCAGAGUCGGCAUCAUCAUUGAUGUGUCCGCCAUUGGCAGUGGUCCUCAGAAAGAGGAGUUCCAAAACGACCUCCUGAGCCUCAUUGAUGAGCAGCUGAGCCACAAGGAGAAGCUGUAUGUCCUGUCCUUCGGCACCACCACCAGCGCCCUCUGGCCAGACGCUGUGGAAGUGAGCCCCUCCGCCCUGCAGGAACUCAAGCUCUGGGUGAAGAAGCUCCAGCCCGAUGGGGGCAGCAAUCUGCUACAAGCCCUCAGGAAAGUCUUCACCCUGAAGGGGCUGAAUUCUCUGGUGACCAUAAUGGGCAGCUGCCCAGAUCAGCCUUGUGAAAUUCUGUCCGACUACAUCCAACAGUCCACCAUGGGACGGGACCUCGUCACCCACAUCAUCACCUACAAAUGCAACAACCAGGUGCCCCCUGCCGUCCUGAAGAACCUUGCAGAAGCUCUUGGAGGCUACUACCACUGCUACAGCACAGAGAUGGAGGUGUGUACCAGCUGGGACAUAGACCAGCUCCUGGCAGAAAUCCAGAAGGCCCAGAGCCUCCUGAGCCACAUCCAAGCCUUGCACAACAGGACCCCCUGUGAGGAGCUAACAGGCAUGAGGAAGGAGAUUUCCACAGAUAUUGCAAAAGAGCCACUCACAGGUCUCUUGCAUAAACCCCCAAAGCAUGAGGGUCCCCUCACAAUUGAGUUCCCAAACUUGGACAAGACUUCUGCAGAAUGGCUAAAGAUCAAUGGCCUAAAAGCCAAAAAGCUAAGCCUUUAUCAGGUUCUGGCACCCAACGCAUUCUCUCCCGUGGAGGAAUUUGUGCCUAUUCUCCAGAAAACGGUAUCUUCAUCUAUCCAUCAGAAGGCAAUGGUACAGUUUGAAUGGCAUGACGGGACAGUGAAGAAUGUUCAUGUGGACGUGCCCUUCCUCUAUGAGUACCAGAAACAGCUCAACAGAGCUAUGCGGAUGUAUGAGAGGCGGAUCGAGUGGCUCUCCUUGGCCAGCAGAAGAAUCUGGGGCACCGUCUGCGAAAAAAGGGUGGUUAUACUGCUGGAUAUCUCUGUGACCAAUUCCAUGUACAUUAUUCAUAUCCAGCACUCCCUGCGGCUGCUGCUGGAGGAGCAGUUGUCCAACAAGGACUGCUUCAACCUCAUUGCGUUUGGAAGCACAGUAGAAAGCUGGAGGCCAGAGAUGGUGGCCGUGAACCACGAAAACUUGCAGAGCGCCUGGCGGUGGGCCCUGACUCUGCAGUGUCGGGGCAGCAGGAAUGUCCUCGGAGCCCUGCGGAAGGCCAUGGAAGUGGAUUUCAAGGACAAAGACAAACACCAAUCACAGGGCAUCUACCUCUUCACGGGGGGCAUCCCUGACCAGGACGUGCCCAUGGUCAGCACCUACGUGGCUGAGGCCUGUGGGGGCUGUGAUCUCCAGCUGAACGUGUGUCUCUUCUAUGUGGGCGAGCCCCAGAUGGACCCCACGCCCCCCGCCUGCUAUGCCAGCCGCAGUGACACGGCCGCCGCCUACCGGGAGGUCACCCAGGCCACCGCUGGGCGCCUCCACUGGUUUGGAGACACAGGCAUUUAUGAAAGCGACGACAUCAAUGCCAUCGUGUCUGAGAUGGAAAAGGCUUUCAACUACUCCCAAAAGUGUGCCUUACUGGUGUCCUCCCUGAAGAACCAGUCUGGAAAACAACUGGAAAGCUCGGCCCUUCUGAAGGAAGAACCAAAGAUGUUCAAGAAAAGAAGUCAGCCUAGGAAACUCUGUUCUUCCAAGCCCACAGCUCCCUCGGUGGCCAGAAUGAGCCUUAAAGAUGACCGUGACAGAGAGAAGAGCUCCCCCUUGAAAGCUCUGACACAGCUGCCACUCAGUGCCAAAGCCGGCAUCCCAGCGGCUUCAGCCCAGCCAGCGAAAGAAGGGACCAGAGAACAGAGGAGGAAGACCAAAUGGAGGGAAGCAGAGACAUCUCUCUCACUGUUUUAUACAGAGACAGGGAAUAAUGUGGGCUCUGUCUAUAAGAAGUACCCUCAAGGAAGGGGGAUACGAAGGGUUAACUCUUCUAUCCGGUUGCCCAGGAAGGAUGCAGUUUGCUCAAGCCAAGAGUGGGUAGCAAAUUAUGGGCUAAAAAAACUGAGGAUGGAAAUCUUCAGAUACAUCGGUCCCAGAUGCACUCAUCAGAAGUCAGGCCAGGGGCUGGCGUCAGCCAAAUACUGCAACAUCCUGCCCAGCGUAGAGAUCAAUGGGGUGGUGAGACACAUCCAGUGGACGCCCAGGGAAACGGAAGCAUACAUCACGUGUCUGGAGAAGGUGACGAGGCGCUAUGUCCAGAGGCUGCAGUGGCUUCUGUCUGGGAGCCGCCGAUUAUUUGGCACCAUUUUGGAGAGUAAAGUGUGCAUCCUGGUGGACACGUCAGGAUCUGUGGGCCCCUACCUGCAGCAGGUGAAGAUGGAGCUGAUUCUGCUGAUUUGGGAGCAGCUGCGGAAGCACUGUGACAGGUUUAACCUGCUCAGCUUUGCGGAGGACCUGCAGCUGUGGCGGGACACUCUGGUGGAGACCACAGAUGCAGCCUGUCACGAGGCCAUGCAGUGGGUAACCCACCUGCGCGCCCGGGGGAGCACCUCAGUCUUGCAAGCAUUACUGAAAGCCUUCACUUUCCACGAUGUGGAAGGAUUGUACCUCCUGACUGACGGGAAGCCAGAUACAAGCUGCAGCCUUAUUUUAAAUGAAGUCCAAAGACUCAAAGAGGAAAGAGAUCUGAAACUGCACACCAUUUCCCUGAAUUGCUCAGGCAGGGCGGCGGUUGACUUCCUGAGAAAUCUAGCCUCCCUCACGGGGGCCCGCUAUCACUGCCCCGUGGAUGAGGACACACUCUUCAAAAUCCACGGCCUGCUGACCAAGGGCUUCACGGAUGAAAGGGAUCCCGGAUUGCCACUAUUUGAAGGAGAUGAUUUGAGGAUACUGGCCCAGGAGAUCGCCAAGGCCAGAAGCUUCCUCUGGAAGGCCCAGUUCUUCAGGUCCCAACUCCAGAAGAAAAACAACACAGAACCAAAUGUCACUCUUUUCUAGAGAAGGGUUCUCAGCCACGAAAUUAUCACUCGCUGGAAAGCCCUGCCUGGAAACGUUCUUCUUACCUCCGUCUGCCUGGUGACUUCUGCUCCUCCACCAAGGCACGGCUGAUGUGGCAUCAGCUCCACUGUGAAGAUGUCCCUGGGACCCACCAAGAGCUGGGAGCCUCCCACCGCAUCCUGACCAAACAUCUCCUCAUCACAGAGGCACUUAGCACUUAGGAUGCUCGGCUUCCUCACUCCUUUUGCCAACUCUUUUUCUUGACUAUGAGCUCCCCCAGGAUGAGGCUGGUGUCCUAACCAUCUCUAGGUCCCCUGGAAUGUCCUAACAAUCCCUAGCCACCCCCCCUCCUUGCCUCGGGGGCAGAUGUAGUAAGCUGUGAACAAGCACCCGGCUUCGCUGCGGGAGCCCAGCUCCAGAAACCGGCCAGAGGGUGUUAUUUCUGUCCUGGUCCCUUCACUCUCUGCUUCCCACCACGCUGGUCUAGGGGGGUGAUGCAGACUCACCGGCAGCAGAUCUUGGGAGAGGAAACAAGUGAGCCCCCUACCUGUUCAACCAAAGUGAAUCAGGUCUGCUCUGGAGCUGAGUCCAGAGAGAGUGGUCUGCUCAAGCAGGUGAAAAUUUGGUUGGGUCCACUGGGCCUGGCCCUGCUGCGUCCAUCUGGAAUGAAUAUCUCAUGUGUUAUGUGGUCUGAUUUCCUGAGACCAGAAAAUAUUGCUUUUAUUUAAUAGAAUCAAAAUGACUUUUAAACUGAAGUGAUGAUCGUUUGUGUGUGUGUGUGUGUGUGUGUGUGUGUGCAAAUUUUUGGUGAUCUAAAAUGUUAGUAAAAGACUCAUAUGCAGGGGAACCUGGUAGCUCAGUCAGUUGAGCCUCCAACUUCGGCUUAGGUCAUGAUUUCAUGGUUCAUGAGUUGGAGCCCCAGUUGAACUUGGUGCUGUCAGCGCACAGAGCCCGCUUCAGAUCCUGUGACCCCCUCUCUAUCGGCCCUUCCCCAUAUGUGUGUACAUGCUC